AUGAACGAGACGGGGGGCGGGGGGGGGAGGGCGGCGCAGGGUCCCCCCAGCCAGGCGCGGAGGCUUUCGGGCGGGGGCUGGAGGGGCGGAGCCUCGAGGCUUCGGGGACGCCUCCCGCCACGCCUUCUCACCGCGGCCCCGCCCACCUGCCCCCGCCCGCCAGCCAGCCAAUGGUCCGGCCCAGCGCCACCCCUCCCGCGGGGCCCAGGUGGUAGGUUCCGCGCCUUGAAAAGCGGCUCUCCCGCCGCGCCCGCCCUCUUCGCCUGCAGCCCGCGCGGCCGCGCUGUCGGGGGCGCCAUGAGGUGCGGCGGAGUCGGCCCGAGCACAGGCCAGGGCGGGCCGCGGCGGACGGGCGGAGGGAUGCGCGCGCAGAUUUCUUCUAAUGGUGUCACUUAGAGUAUGGAGGAGCAAGAGAUCAACUCUUCAGUCUUUGGCUGGAUGCUGAAGUAGACAGCAGAGGAUGGUGGACGUCCAGUUUUUUGGAAAAACAUCAAAUCCCUUCAGGCAAGGUUGUGCCAGUUGAUGGUCUUAACUUCACUUGGAAGGAGCUGCAUGUGUCCCCAACCAGGCCUUGAGUGGAACUGCUGAGUGGCAACGGGCAAAAGAAGUGGGGACCAGAGACCUCCUUCCCACAAGACUGGAGCAGCGAAUGUGGCGACCUGCUCUGCUUCCCUCGAGGAUGACCUGGGGACGUAGCAGGCGGGCCAGGAAACACCCAAGGCAUUCUGGCUGAAGUGGUUUCUUCUCAGAAUUGGUAAAAUCUGCUGUUGUGGGAGUUGAGAGAUUGUUUGUGUUUGUUAACUGUGACAAACCUAAAUAAAAUAAAAAGGCCUCAGCUGAA